ACAAAAUAAUAUCUGCAACGACAAACACAGUGAAGCUGAGGAUGGAAGUGCUUUCAAAGGAAAGAUUUGCGGAGACUGUAGGAGCGGCGACAGUAGGAGGGGUCAAUGCUGUCAUUGAGGAAUGGCUGGGCAAGCCCCUUCCGCGGCUUUGCAAGGGAGUUCCCCCUUGUCCUCAGGCACGCCCCUCUUUCCGCCUUCCUCCUCCUGAGCCCCUCCCACCCUAUCCUCUCCUCGUCAUUUCUCCCCCGGCGUGCUUGAAGCACAAUAUACCCGGACACUUCGAGCGACCGGCACGACUCACGGCCAUCCUCCACGCCCUCCAUCCGCCCUCCCGCCUCCCUUCCCUCCCCCCCCCUCAUUCCCCCCCCUCCCUCCCCCCCUCUGCGUUUCUCCUCUCUGAUGCGGACUGCCCCCGCGCCACACACGAGCAACUCGCCCGCUUCCACACGACCCAACACCUCGCCCACCUCGCCUCCCUCUUCGCUGAGUCCCAGACCUUGGCCGCCACCUCCCAGGUCCAAGAGCCUUCUCAUCUCGACCCUUCCUCUUCGCCGCACCUAUUCCCGUCCUACCCUCCUGCCUCCCUGAUUGAUAUCGACGGGGACACGACCGUUUGCCCCGGGACGGAGGAAGCCACGCUUCGCGCCGCCGGGGCCGCGUGUCGGGGUGUGGAGGAAGUGAUGGAGGGACGGGCGGAGAGCGUCUGGUGCUUGGUCCGCCCCCCUGGUCACCAUGCCACGCCCUCCCAGUCCAUGGGCUUUUGUUUUGUCAACCACGCCGGGGUGGCUGCCAUGCACGCGCGUGCUCGAUACGGGGUCCGGCGGGUGGCGGUUUUGGACCCAGACGUCCACCAUGGAAACGGCACCCAGGACGGCUUUCGUGACGAUCCUGACCUCUUCUACGCCUCUACGCACGUGGGCUACGGGUUUUACCCUGGCACGGGCUCGAGAAAAGACGCGAAAGGGAGGGAGGAUCGCCUGGUGAAUGUGCCCUUCCGGGAGGGGGAAGGAAGCAGCGAGAAGUUCCGGCAGGCGUGGGCGGAGGAAAUUUUCCCCAAGUUAAGAAAGUUUCAGCCGGAAUUGAUCAUUUUGUCGAUGGGAUUCGAUGCGGUGGCGGAAGAUCCGUUGGGGGAGAUGGAGUUGCGCCCUGAGGAUUUCGAAUGGUUCAGCCGGGAAGUCCGGCGGGUGGGAGGGAGGAAGGGGGGGAGGGAGGGGGGGAGGGAGGGGUGCGAAGGUGGUGUCGAGUAUUGGAGGGAG